UCGGUCGCAUCGUUCGUUAGUAGUAGAUGAUGUACACCCAUUUGUUUUACAUAGUCUUUCAGAUCUGUUACCUUAAUAUUUUCAUUACUGCCUUAUACUCUGUGUUAUAUAUUAAUUAUAUUUAAAUUAUAGCUUUUUUAUUAUAUGUAGUGGAUAUAAAGAUGUCGUCUUUAACAAAUAAUGUAACGCAAAACUCAAAUACUGGUGACGAAUGCAGUGAAUCUACAUCGACGGACAAUAACCAUUCUGAACAAAAUAAAAACCUAAGAAGAGGUUCAAAUUGUCAAGAUAGUGAUUUUGAAUCUUCAAAAAAAAAACGUAAAAGUGAACAACAUAGUACCGUAGUAGCAGCUCAUUAUAAUCACCUUGAGGAAAAAGGACUAAGAGAAAGGUUCAAAUCUCCUAUAUUCUAUGUACGAAAUUUUAAUAACUGGGUUAAAAGCGUGCUCAUUCAAGAGUUCACGGAUAAAGUGAGAGAAAAAGACUAUGGAAAAGCUGUAAAUGUGCUUGAUAUAUGUUGCGGUAAAGGAGGAGAUCUGAGCAAGUGGCAGAAAGCAAGAGUAGAAAAAGUAAUCUUUGCUGAUAUAGCUGAUGUGUCAGUCCAGCAAUGCAAAACGCGUUAUGAUGAUCUGCGUAGAAGAUGUGGCAGACUUUUCUCAGCUGAAUUCAUUGCAGCUGAUUGUACAAAAGACACACUGCGGGACAAAUACUCAGAUCCAUCAAUAAAUUUUGAUCUGGUAAGCUGUCAAUUUGGCUUACACUACAGUUUUGAAAGCUUAAGUCAAGCCAGAAGGAUGCUCACUAAUAUAUCAGAAUGUUUGCGUCCAGGAGGAUAUUUCUUUGGUACCAUUCCAGAUGCAUAUGAAAUAAUUUCUCGAAGUAAAAAGUCUAAUGGAUCUUUUGGAAAUAGAAUCUUUAAUAUAAAAUUACUUUUUGAUUCCAAAACAGGUUAUCCAUUGUUUGGUGCAAAGUAUGAUUUUCAUUUGGAAGGUGUUGUAGAUUGUCCAGAGUUCUUAGUUAAUUUUGAACUACUUGUCAAACUAGCAGCUGAAUAUGGUCUUGAAUUAGUGUACAAAGCUAGGUUUCCAGAUUUCUUCAAAGAUCAUUCAGAUAGCUAUAAACAGUUACUGCAUAGAAUUAUUUGUUUUGAAAGUUAUCCUGCACCACCUGGCAAAGAACUUAUUGGAGAAGAAGUAGAAUAUGAACAUGCACUGGAAUUUUGGGAAAGUAUGGAGAAAAAAAAUGAACGUGAUCGAAUAGGAACAAUGAGUAUGUGUGAAUGGGAAGUAGCUACUAUCUAUAUGACAUUUGCAUUUAAGAAACAGAAGUCCACUUGGGAUUGUAAUGGCAAACCAGUGUACCUAUUGUCACAAGAUAAGAAAAAAGAAGUUAAAGAAUGACAACUGGAGUGUAAUCACUUUAUUAUAUCAAGGAAAUUAAUACAUACGUAGUUAAAAUUGCAUUUUCUGUUUUUUUUUUCUAUUAUACCAUUAAACUGAU